ACUAGCUAGCUAGCUGUAAUAUCAUGGCAGUUCAUCCAUGCUUCCCGACCAUUGAGAAUUGCUCCUCCGUUGACCGCCAUAACCAGACGGUGGUGGCCGACAUGGAUGGAACUCUUCUCCGCGGCCGCAGCUCCUUCCCUUAUUUCGCCAUCGUUUCAUUCGAAACAGGGGGUCCUCUCCGCCUCUUCUUCUACCUACUCUGCUCCCCACUCGCCGGAAUACUCUAUUACUUCGUCUCUGAGUCCGCCGGCAUUCAGGUCCUAAUCUUCGCUGCCUUCGCCGGAGCCAAGUUGUCCAACAUUGAGUCUGUGGCACGUGCGGUGCUUCCCAAGUUUUACUCAGACGACGUCCACCCGGAAUCAUGGCGAGUUUUCUCAGCAUGCGGUCGCCGAGUGGUGCUCACUGCCAACCCGAGGAUAAUGGUGGAGCCAUUUCUCAAGGAGUUUCUAGGAGUCAACAAGGUUUUAGGAACCGAGAUCGGAGUUUAUAAGGGACGAGCAACAGGUUUCGUUAACAAAAGUGGAGUGCUCGUCGGAAACAACAAGGCGAAUGUUCUCAAAAAGACCUUCGGAGAUGAGCUACCUCAGAUCGGGCUCGGUGACCGACACACAGAUUUCCCAUUCAUGUCACUGUGCAAGGAAGGCUACGUGAUUCCAGCAAAACCGACAGUGAAGGCGGUUUCCAGCGACAAGCUAUUAAAGCCCGUUAUAUUCCAUGACGGCCGCCUCGUUCAGAAGCCAUCUCCGUUCGAUGCCCUGCUAAUCGUCUUAUGGUUUCCUGUUGGCUUCAUCCUAGCAUGCCUUCGUAUGGCUGCAGGCUCACUACUUCCCAUGUCUCUCGUUUAUUAUGCCUUCUGGGCGUUGGGCGUUCGCGUUUAUGUCAAGGGAUCACCUCCCCCACCCCCGGAGAAGUCCUCCGGCGAAAAGACUGGUCGAUCUGGAGUUCUAUUCGUAUGCUCCCAUAGGACUCUGCUCGACCCCAUAUUCCUCUCCACCGCCCUCGGCCGUGCCAUACCUGCAGUCACUUAUUCCGUUUCCAGGCUGUCGGAGAUCAUUUCCCCAAUCAAAACAGUCAGGCUAUCACGUGACCGCGUUGCUGACGCGGCCAUGAUCAAGAAGCUUCUAGAACAAGGUGACUUAGCCAUAUGUCCGGAGGGAACCACCUGUCGAGAACCCUUCCUCCUCCGGUUUUCCGCUUUGUUCGCAGAACUGACCGACCAGCUGGUGCCUGUAGCAAUGGUGAACCGGAUGAGCAUGUUCCACGGGACAACAGCCAGGGGUUGGAAAGGGAUGGACCCAUUUUACUUUUUCAUGAAUCCUAGACCUGUAUAUGAGGUUACCUUCCUCCCAAGGCUUCCCAAGGAGAUGACAUGUGGAUUCGGAGGAAAACAGAGCCAUGAAGUUGCUAACUACAUACAGGGAGUGCUAUCUUCCUGUCUUUCAUACCAGUGCACUUCCUUUACCAGGAAAGACAAGUACAGAGCUCUCGCCGGAAAUGAUGGGAUCGUGGCUUCCUCGGAGUCAGUCAAGGAGAAGAACACUCAAUUCAAUCACAAGGAUAAUACUAAAGUAAUGGGAUGCUGA